UGUCGCCUAUUUUUUUUUUGGAGGAAGCAAAGUUAGAUUGGGAAAUCUGAAUGUCUACAAAUGAUCACCGUGCAAUUCAAAAACUAUCAAGAUUAUAGGGAUUGUUUUUGUGGUAAUAUCAAAAUCAGAAGAGCAUCGCUUUCUUCAUCGCUUAAAUUCCACUACAUCUCACAUGAGUGAAAUGGUUGUUUUGUUAACCACUUCAGCAAAUUGAUAAAAGAUGGUGGGUCCAAGAAACAAAAUAUAAUGGUCUAAAUAUCAUGAACUGCCAAGUUGCUAUGUAUAAUUAAAGAAAUUGAUUAUCACGUGAUCUCUAAAAAGCGAUUACUUAAUUAGAGUAUUAUACUGACCGCAACGGAAAUGCAUAUUACAUGCCCAUAAGAAUGUACGGGGUGCUCUAAAAUGGCAGAACUUCGUUAUUAGAGUACGCAUUAUUUGAAUUUGCGGGGGAAAAUAAAUUGAGUAUAAUUAACAUUCAUUCUUAUAAGAACGUCAUUAUGGACUUUGUUCUGUUUAUUGAUGGUUCAAGUAUUUCUUACCAAUAAUCGUAUGUUUCAAGAUCAUUUUAAGGAAUAGAUUUGAAAGUUUCACCCCGUAUAACUGUGACCUGGAGAUAGCAAUUAAUCGCGCAUGAAAUAUUUCAAACAAGGCACAAAAGAAUUUGAACUACCGAACAGAACGUUGUUAAAAUCAACUAAUAAAUAAUCAAUAAUCAGAAUCGACUGUUUAAUUGACGGCUUAUUUUCCAGUCGUAAUUCUGUAUUAAUACUAUGAAAGUGACAAAGGCGGUAAAAUAAGUGUCAUAGGCAUGGAAACAAUAGGCACUUUAUUGAGGAUCGUUCUAUAGCCGACUAACAAUAAAAGGUCAACGCGAUGAAAGCUGUUGAGUAUAGUGUGUAAACAAAAUCCAGCGAUUACUAUCACAGUUUAAUCGAUCCUUAUUAAUUGUUAAUGUGAACAGGAAUUUUAUGUUAUACGCGUUCGGAUUUCCGCUUGCACUUUGUUCCGUGCGAAUAUGCUGUAUAGCGUUUUAUCUAUUUAUUUGAAUACUUCUGAAUUUUCAUAAUCGUAAUUCAUCAAUUUAUCAUGCCAAAAGCCAGGCGACCACGAAGUCGUCCUGAAUUGUGGCAUAAUAAUAAUGACGAUGAAGCUGAUCGCUAUAAUCUUUGGAGUAAGCAGCAAACUCCAGACUCUGCUAAUCCUUGUUUCGCGCGGCUAAUCCGAUGCUGGCGUCGACGCCGAACAAACGACGCCGAUCAAGAAUUAACGCAACGAAAUGUCUGUGGGAUUCAUAUGCGUAUUAAUUACCUAAAUCAGAUAAGAAAUGGGCGACAUCAGUACACCGCCUUGGAUUGCUAUGGUCCAUCGGUCUGCAGUGAUGUGGGUGAAUGCAUGGAAAUGGAGAAAAGAUCCAGAGAUUUAGCUUUGACCAUUUGUCAAAGUUACGUGGGAAUUUCUGGGCGAUACAAUCUUACAAAACAGUUAAAUAACGUUGGGUCUCGAGUGGACAAACACUGGUUUGCUAUAAGGGAUAAUUCGCUGAAGGCUGACAGGCUCUUAACACUUGCACCAUUGAGCAGAAAUUGUCCGAUAAACAUUUGCUCGUCUGUUAAGGAGACCUUGAACCAUUUAUUCCGCGCCUUGCAACAUCCCUAUAUCUGUCCAGUGCUUGAUCUAGAUUUCAACGAAUUUGAGGGACGAAAUUACGUCAUCCUUGUUCAACCCAUCAAUCAGGGAAGCCUGAAGGAUCUCAUAUAUGGGAUAGAGAGAAAUUGUUGGAACGAAGACUGGAGUCAAAAAUAUGUGACGCGAGGGAAGGGACUACCUCUUCCUCAGGUUCAGCGACUCGGACGUCAGAUUUUGGAGGCAUUGGUAUUUUUGAAAGAGCGUGGAUUUCCUACAGUUACACACUUGCAUUCCGGUAAUGUGAUUGUCCAAAACGGAGUCGCCCGACUUGCAGGUUUGGAAAAUACUCUUCUUGGUUUCACGAGCAGGAUUUAUCCAGUCGUCACUUCAAGAUCCUCGCACUUGAACUACAUCGACACCAUUUGCUUUGGACAUGUUUUAUUCGAAAUGUGCGCGGGCUACGAACUCUGCUCGUUUAAACCAAUGGAAACUCAUCUAUCGGACAUCACUAAGUACCCUCAGAUUAUAGAAAUUUUGGAACUUAUCUUCGAACAGCAAGAAGCUCAAUAUCCGACUGUGGAGGAGCUUUUGUUACACGAUCUAUUCCGCAACAUUGAUCUUCGUGAAAUGCGGAGCGCACCAGUAACGAUGUUCCGUCCGACUUUAUCACCUCCUGUAGUCAACCUGCUUGAUGGGAUAAAGCGAAAAAAUGGUAACAAAAGACUGGAGAGUAUUGAGACUGAGGAGAUGAUAUCCCUCGAUAGUCCUUCGCUGGAAUGCAACACAGAAAUUAAGGAGUGUUCGCUUCUUGCUGAGAUAUACGGCGAACUUUCAACUACAACGAUUUAAAUCAAGAGCGCAGCAGUCAAAAUACUGAUACCAAUGUAACUUUAUCAUCGUCUCUCGAACAGAGCUUAGUUUCAUCUUCCUCCGAUCGAAUAGCGCUUUUUUGGUUUUUGUAAUUAUUCAUGUAUGCCUAUGUUUAGUGAGGUUUUUUUUCUCCAGCCGUAAAUGUGUACAAAUUAAACUAUAUGAAAUUAUUGAAAAA